GCUACAUUGUCGCAGCAGCAGCAGCAGCAGCAGCAGAGAUAACUUGUCCAGCCGACUAGUAGCUCAGCUGGCUCAUAACAUCCUCAAUUUGAACCUCCUGCUGACUGGACAUGCAGGUCUGUUUUUAAUUUUUUUUAAAGCAGGAGAACUACUUACAACCCGCGGCAGAACAAGAGGGGUCUAUCACCGAUGUGGAGUAACAGCUGGCACAGACACUGACAGGCGGCGGAUACCAGCCUGCUCUGCCCGGCGAAGGGAGCCACCAGCCGGCCACAGGGAGCUGCAGGGGACGCCUCCCUGGAGCUGGAAGUCUAGCUCACUAGCAUUAUCCAGGGAGAGCCUUUAAAAAAUAUAACAUUUUCCUGUGUUGACAACUGCUGAAAAGUGACAUGGUGAAGAUGGAUUGAAACAUGAAGGGUGGAACUGUCCCAUCAUUAAAAUAGGAGGGCUUGCUCUCUUGAGGUUGUGCUCUGCAACUGAUCUGUGUGACUGAGCUGGGAGACAUAGAGGAAGAUGCCUCCCAGGCCGUCCUCAGGGGAGCUAUGGGGCAUCCACUUGAUGCCACCCAGGAUCCUGGUGGACUGCCUGCUGCCCAAUGGGAUGAUUCUGACCCUGGAGUGUCUCCGCGAGGCCACGCUCAUCACCAUCAAACAUGAGCUGUUCAAGGAGGCCAGAAAAUAUCCACUCCAUCAUCUCCUACAGGAGGAGACUUCCUACAUCUUUGUCAGUGUUACACAGGAAGCAGAGCGGGAGGAGUUCUACGAUGAGACCCGGAGGUUGUGUGACCUCAGACUUUUCCAGCCCUUCCUCAAAGUCAUUGAACCAGUUGGCAACAGAGAGGAAAAGAUCCUUAACAGAGAGAUUGGUUUUGCCAUUGGUAUGCCAGUGUGUGAGUUUGACCUGGUGAAGGACCCGGAGGUUCAGGAUUUCAGGAGAAACAUCCUGAAUGUCUGUAAAGACUCUGUGGAGCUGAGAGAUGCCAGUGGGCCCCACAGCAGAGCCCUGUAUGUUUACCCACCCAAUAUUGAAUCCACACAGGAACUACCCAAACACAUCUACAGCAAACUGGACAAAGGCCAGAUUAUUGUUGUGAUUUGGGUGAUUGUUUCUCCAAACAACGACAAACAGAAGUAUACAUUGAAGAUCAACCACGACUGUGUGCCUGAACAGGUGAUUGCAGAGGCCAUUCGUAAGAAGACACGCAGCAUGCUGCUGUCCCCCGAGCAGCUAAAGAUGUGUGUUCAGGAGUACCAGGGUAAAUACAUCCUCAAAGUUUGUGGCUGUGAUGAAUACCUUCUGGAGAAGUACCCCAUCAGCCAAUAUAAGUAUAUCCGUAGUUGCAUCAUGCUGGGCAGGCUGCCUAACCUGAUGCUGAUGGCUAAGGACAGCCUGUACACACAGUUGCCUACAGAUAACUUUGUCAUGCCGUCAUACUCUCGCCGCAUCUCCACGGCGGCAUCCUAUAUGAACGGCGAGGGAUCUGCCAAGUCGCUGUGGACCAUCAAUGGGACUCUGCGAAUACGAAUCCUCUGUGCCACCUAUGUUAACGUCAAUAUACGGGACAUAGAUAAGAUUUACGUGAGGACGGGUAUUUACCAUGGAGGAGAACAGAUGUGUGACAAUGUGAACACACAGAGAGUACCCUGCUCCAACCCCAGGUGGAAUGAGUGGCUGACCUACGACAUGUACAUCCCAGACAUCCCCCGAGCUGCCAGACUUUGCCUCUCCAUCUGCUCAGUCAAGGGCAGGAAGGGAGCAAAGGAGGAGCACUGUCCUCUGGCCUGGGGUAAUAUCAACUUGUUUGACUACACCCACACUCUAGUGGCUAACAAGAUGGCUCUGAACCUCUGGCCUGUUCCUCAUGGCCUUGAAGACCUCCUCAACCCCAUAGGAGUCACAGGCUCCAACCCCAAUAAGGAAACGCCAUGUCUAGAGCUGGAGUUUGACCAUUUCAGUAGUUCAGUCAAAUACCCAGAAAUGAAUGCUGUAGAGGAUCACGCAAACUGGACCAUCUCGAGAGAGCUGGGCUUCAACUACAACCUCUCUGGACAGAGUAAUCGUGUGGCCAGAGAUCACGGCCUGACAGAGAGUGACAGUGAGCAGAUGAAACAGCUCAGUAACAGAGACCCUCUUUCAGAAAUCACUGAGCAGGAGAAAGAUUUCCUCUGGAGACACAGGUAACCUCAAUUACUAUUGUAUGUAGAGGUUUCACAUAUGUACUGCCUUUUAAAGGAAUGGCCGUCCAUUCGUCCAGAGCAGGCCAUGGAGCUGUUGGACUGUAACUAUCCAGACCCCAUGGUCAGACACUUUGCUGUAAGAUGCCUCGACAAAUACCUGACUGAUGACAAACUGUCACAGUACCUCAUCCAGCUUGUACAGGUUUUAAAAUAUGAGCAGUACCUUGACAGUCCCCUGGCCCGAUUUCUCCUUAAAAAGGCCCUGACCAAUCAAAAGAUAGGACAUUUCUUCUUCUGGCAUCUAAAGUCAGAAAUGCACAAUAAGACAGUGAGCCAGAGGUUUGGGUUGCUGUUAGAGGCUUACUGCAGGGCUUGCGGCAUGUACCUCAAACACCUGAGCAGGCAGGUAGAAUCCAUGGAGAAGCUCAUUAACCUCACUGACAUCCUCAAACAGGAGAAGAAGGAUGAAACGCAGAAGGUCCAGAUGCGGUUUCUUGUGGACCAGAUGAAAAGACCAGACUACAUGGACGCUCUACAGAACUUCACCUCUCCUCUAAACCCUGCACACCAACUGGGAAACCUGAGGUUAGAUGAAUGCAGGAUCAUGUCAUCAGCAAAGAGGCCAUUGUGGCUGAACUGGGAGAAUCCUGACAUCAUGUCCGAGUUGCUCUUUCAAAACAAUGAGAUCAUCUUCAAAAAUGGAGAUGACUUGCGGCAGGAUAUGCUGACUCUGCAGAUUAUUAAAAUCAUGGAGAACAUUUGGCAGAAUCAGGGACUGGAUUUAAGGAUGCUGCCCUAUGGCUGUCUGUCAUUAGGAGACUGCGUGGGUCUUAUUGAGGUGGUUCGCAGCUCCCACACAAUCAUGCAGAUUCAGUGUAAAGGCGGCUUGAAGGGAGCCCUGCAGUUCAACUCCAACACUCUGCAUCAGUGGCUCAAGGACAAGAACAAGGGUGAAACGUAUGAUAUGGCUGUGGAUCUGUUUACGAGGUCCUGCGCUGGCUACUGUGUAGCUACAUUUAUUCUCGGGAUAGGCGACAGGCACAACAGCAACAUUAUGGUCAAAGAUGACGGACAGUUGUUUCACAUAGAUUUUGGCCAUUUCCUGGAUCAUAAGAAGAAGAAAUUUGGUUACAAGAGAGAGCGAGUGCCAUUUGUUUUGACGCAAGACUUCCUCAUCGUCAUCAGCAAAGGUUCCCAGGAAUGUGCAAAGACCAAAGAGUUUGAGAGGUUUCAGGAGAUGUGUUAUAAAGCCUACCUAGCCAUCCGGCAGCAUGCUAACCUGUUCAUCAACCUGUUCUCCAUGAUGCUGGGCUCUGGCAUGCCUGAGCUGCAGUCAUUUGAUGACAUUGCCUACAUUAGGAAGACGCUGGCUCUGGAAAAAUCUGAACAGGAGGCCCUGGACUACUUUAUGAAGCAGAUGAACGAUGCUCACCAUGGAGGAUGGACCACCAAGAUGGACUGGAUUUUCCACACAAUCAGACAGCAUGCACUAAACUGAUUCGCACACGAGCAAAAAAAAAAAAAAAAAACGCCAGUCCCACCACCAUGGAGUAUUUACUUCUGUCAGCCAGCAUUCAUCCAUCACAGAAGUUUCAGUUUUGCAAAGCAGACGCCAGAAACUGCUCAGUGAUGAUGGAAGUUUUGGAGCUUGAUAUUUUUUUAAUCACACCAGUACAAACUUUUUUUUUUAAACGAGGUUCCUGUUUUUCCUGCAUUUUCUUGCCAUGUUCCCUUCUUCCUUUUUGUGUGGUCUUGAUGGCGCUCCCCACACUACCCUCUGCUUGUUCUGGGUCUACAAGAGAGUGUCCUCCUCAUGUCCUUAAAGAUGUGCGCUACUUGGCUGAUGUUUGUAGUUCUGACUACUAUGCUUCCUCUGCCAUAUUCUUUUCAUACAUAAAAGAAGAAAAAAAAACCUUUUCACCUUAUACAAUCCACAAAUUGGAUAAAAGGUGUAAAGAAAAUGUAUCGGCCAAGCUAUAAAUGUAGCCAGAGUCCGACCCGCUGCUGUAUUAGUGCUGCACUGUGGCUCAAUCCCAGAGAGGAGAUGCUGGGGAAACUUUAUUUUUCUUUUCUUUUUAAAUCUUAUCAGUGCUGAGAAGACAGACAGAGGGCACAAGAAACUGUCUAAAUGAUCUUGUUGUACAGUGCAGGAUUGGGGGGGCAGUUAUGAUGAAGGAUACCACUGCACAGUCUUCCGCCAUCUUUGUGGUGAAGUCGCCCUCGUGACCUGAUUCAGUGUCAGCGCUCCUACCUUUUAAACCCUUUUGUGAGGAAAUGUCAAAGUUUAAAAAAAAAAAAAAAAAAAUUGCUUUGCGCCACUCUACAGUCUCCGUCAGCCUCAAUGGAACAGCACUUCUGGAACUUUUUGUCAGUGGUGUAACUUUAAGACUCUUGAAUAAACUUCAGGGUGAUGAUGCCUUUCCAUCGAAAAAACAGCACUUAGAAAAAAAAAAAUCAACAACAGAGUAAUAUACAAAUUUAUUAUGACUUUUUACAUUUAUUUAUGUAUCUUGUUUCAUUCAGUUUAUACAGUGGCAAAAACCCUGACUCAGCUCUUCAGAAACAUGCCAUUGUUUGUGUAAAUAUAUUUGAAUUUCUUUUUUUUUGUAUUUGUGUUUACCUGUUUGCAGCCUCUUUUGACUCCCAUGAGUGCAACUGCUCCCCCCUUUGCUCAUAUUUCUUAGUUAGGACUGCUGCUGACGCCUUUUUUUUUUUGCCUCUGUCACUUUUAAGUUAAACAUUUAUUCGACCUUACCAGUAGCUCCAUUUGUUUAAUUGUGGCUAGUUUGCAGCCCCACCUCGAACUUUCAACUUCAGUUUGUUUACGAACGCAAAAUGACAAGAAUGAAAGUGCCACUCUCACAUUUUAUGAAUAAUGGGACCUAUUUUGAGCCUCAGGCUGUCUGUUUUGUCAGCGAGCAGAGGCCCAGGGGAAUGUCACGUCUUCCUGUUGAUAAAAUGCCUUCGUGUCACAGCACAACACUCCACAACACUGCACACUGCUAAGCCCUACACACUUUGCUCAGUCGAGUUGUAGAAGACAAACCGUGACAGCACUAUUACUAUUGAAAAGCAUGGCUUCAUUUGACCCUAGUGAUGUGGUUGUAUUUCUAACCAUGUUAGGUUGAUGGAUUUUGGCAUUUCCGUCAUGAGAAUGUAUGCAUCACACAUUUUUUUAUCCAGAAAACACGCUUCAAUGAGCCCAUAAACCCAGGCAGUAUUUGACCUCUGUUUUCUGUUUCCAGGCACUGUGAAAGCCAUGAUCUCCACCUUUCUGUGAAGCCUGGAUGAUUUAGCAUUUAAACAAGUCACUUCUUCAUCAGCUAGACGUUACACUAUGUGGUCGAGGUUUAGUUAUGAGACUGACUUAAUGGUGAAAGGAAUGAAUUAGACCUCAAUCAAACUCUUUGUCAACUGACAUCCAAACACUGACCCAGUUUUAUAUGAUGGGUGAGGUUAGCUCGUCGACCCCGAUCACAUUUGAUUGGAUACAGUUAUGUAAUAGCCCCCAAGUUCAAGAUGACUCAUCAGAAAUAUUUUUCAUCUUUUACUGGAAGAGGGAGGAUAGGGAUUUUGAUAUGAAAACACUUCAAAUGAGUUUUUAAAAAACAUAUUUGCAUUAAAAAAAAAUCAUUAUUUUUUAUUUUACAUUGUCUUCGAAGCAGAUCAUAACUGUCUGGUCUCUGAAGUUACGUAAUUUCGGGAAUUUUCUAAAAAAAAGAAUGCAUUUUUUUAACACUUACAAAGCACCUUGAGUGGCGGCCUGCUUUACAGCAUUCGUCAGUUCAGUGAGGAGAGAAUGUAUUUUAUUUUACAAGAAAAGGUGCCUCAGAGCAGCCUCGUAACCCCCCCCCCCCCCCCUCUGCAGUAUGACAUUUGGAUGUGGGCAUGGCUACAUUAUCAUUUACAUUAAACUGGAUCUGUCAGGGAAAGAGAGAGAAAAAAACACUUUCCUUGUUUAACAGUUGAUUGUAUUUAAAAGCCAAAGUUGUGGUCUUGUUCUGAUGUGGCGCACGUGUGUGUGUGUGAUGUCAGAUUAUUGCAGCAUUAACGGCUCGAAUGUAUUUCAUUUCUAAUGCAGACCUUAAUCGCACUCAUCUUUUUUAUGUUUUUGCAUCCGUCGUGUUUUCUCUCUAAGGUGAGAUGCAGUGCCACUAAACAUGUUGUCAGCUCCUUUUUUCUAAACGUGCCAUGUCGGGACUGUGAAAGCUAAUGCUUGAUGAUGCAGUCGGUCGAAUCAGUUACAAACUUCUUCUUUUUUUUAAAGGGGAAAAAAAAGGGUUGGGGGUAUGCACUUAAAGUUCUUGUACUCAAUGCCUUUCUGUCCAAAAGUACACUGUAGGAAGAAAGUUAGCCUAGUAUGCAUGUUUCUCUUAAGCAGCAUUAACCAGUAUGUGUGUACAGUUACAGUCUAACCUCUUUUUUCUAUGUUAGGCUUCAUGUGUGACAAGCCUGUAGUGCUGUUAGCCUUUAUUUAUCCUUUCCCACGUAUCCUCCGAAUUGUGUGCGCGCGCGUGUGUUUGCGUGAGUGCGUUUGCCCAUAUGCAUUAGCUGUUUCUGUGCAGGUUGCAGAGCUUCAUUGGCAGGCCCCAAUGAGAAUCCACACUAUGUUUGUAUGUAUGUGUGUAUGUGUCCAUGUGUCUGCGUGUGACGACACUUAAACUGUUGCAGUGAUGGUGUCUCUAAAUGUUUUAUAAGCCUUUUUUCCCACUGGCUUGUAUGUGCCAGAGCAGAAGAAGAAGAAGAAAAGGGAAAAACAAAUGCUGAAGUUUUUAGCAUCAUUUGUAAAAGGAAACAAAAACGAAGGGGAAACUUUUUUCAUACAUCAGUUGUAAAAUGUAUUACUUGAAAUGUUACAAAUCGGAACCACAGUUGUAGUUUUAAAGUUUUAAACGGGAGAGUGCAGUGUCUGUUUAAUACUGAAGGGUGAAAGUGUACAUAUGUCGUACUGUAAGUAAGCACCGAAGGUUGAAGCACUAUGUUCAGACUGUUUGUUUGAUACUGGAUUGUGAAUGUUAUCGAUGCCGCCAUCAGACAUUUCAGAAUGAAGACUACUUAACGAAGGACUAAAGUUGAUAUUGAGGCCAACAUUUUUAAGAUCAGAUGCAGUGUGAACUAUGACAAAGUAGUUUAUGUGAUUUUAAUAAGAUUUACAAAUCCUGACGAUGACGCCCAGCUGUGAUAGUUCUCAAGUCCUCCUCAGAGCAUGUUUAAUUGUUUAAAGUUUUUCUUGGCCCUUAACAGUGGCGCUGAAUAGGUGCAGGAGUUCUUCUGUAAAGUGUUGCACUAUGUUUUCCUCCAUCAUGAGAAGGCUCUGAAGGCACCAGAGCUUUCUCCAACUAAACAAGAAGCUAAGCAAUGAAAACACAGACAGACAUUUACAAGUCUGCUCAUCACAGGAUCAGUUUGACUGGUUUUGUGUCGUGUUCGAGCUAAGCCGACUUGUCUGACUGUAUGAAUUAACAAUUAGCAGAAGAUUGAGUAUCACAUAAUGAUGUAUAACCAUCACACCUGCUAUUUUAGUAUAGUAGGUGAAAUUAGAAAUGGUUGAUUCUCCUUUAAGCCCCUUAUGAGAAGUGCUAAUACAUUUUCUGUGCAGUUUAACAGAGAAAGGAGGGAAAUCUGAUUUUCAUUCAUCCUCUAAUCAGUUUGUCCCUGCUAAUACAAUCAUCAUUUGAGCUGGGCAGACAGUGAACACAAUAACAUGAACUUUAAAAAAAUAAAAUAAAGAAGAAAAAGCAAUCCAAUAAAUUAUACACUAUCUGUGUUUUGAUGACUGUGAAAAAAAGUUUCUGUGUUCUUGUUAUUGUGUCCACCCCCUGUAUGGGCCCAGAUAUUCACCUUAAAGCAGUAAAAGGUGUUGUUUUUGUUUUGUUUUUUAACCUUAACUUAAGGAGUGUCAUUGUUUUAAGAGAGUGUUUUUUAUAAAGCCCUUCAAGAGGCUUCAAACUGAACGAAUGUCCAGAGUUUUGAACUCUUACACCCUCUGAUCUAAGAUCAAAUAUGACUAAUCAUUCAGAUUAUUGAUGAUUUGUGAUCUGAAACGUCCUAAAUUCUCCCUGGGAAGAAAAAUAUUGAUGUAAUGUCAGAUUGUUAUUUUUUUGUAUGCAGCACUAUUAACGACAUCGCAGCGUCUCACCAAUGUAUUUCCAUUACAUGCUGUCAAAACCUUAACCUAUACUAUGAAUGUACAACGGGCCAUGUUAUUGUAUUGUUUUUCACAGCCUACCUGCAUGAGAUUGGGUGACAAUGAAUAUUAUCCUUCUUGCUACCUUGUUUUGUGUUUUUGUUUUUUUGUUUUUUUAUUAGUCUGCUAAGCAGCCACACAAAUAUUUAUAAAUGAAUGCCUUAAGUUUGCUCCCUGUAGGAACAGUUCAUCCUCACAAUAACCUGCAUUUUCUUUAAUUUAUAAAUGUAUAUUGUGUUUCAUUUUUGGUUCCUUGGUCAUAGAGUAAAGGUUUGUACCCUGACUGACGGACUGACGGACUGACUGACUUACUGACUGACUGGUCAUCUGAGUGUUCUGUGAAGAUGUACAAAUAAAUUUGUUAAACAUUCACCCGGCUGUGUUUGCUCUUGUACACACACCCCCCCCCCCCCCCCCCCCUUCCCCCACCUCACUGAUCGACCAAGUUUGAGAGUG